GUGCAACAACAAAUUAUGUACAUAAAUUCCGUUGCAAGCAAUAAGCUUUUCUUAUUAUAUACAAAUAAAAAUUAGGCAAAAAUGUGUUCAAUAAUUAGCAAUAAAAUUAAUAAAAACCCAGCUUGAGUACGCAUCUGGACGUAUGUUGUACCUAUUCGUUGAAUAUUUAUAUUGUAGUCUUCCUAUGUAAAGGUGCCUUCGAAAACACAAGCAGUGUGGAUCGUUCACUGUUAACAUUUAAACCCAUAAUGCUUUGAUGCGGUUUAAUAUUUAAAUUAUUUAUGAAUAAGGUGCUACCUCAAGUAUUUACAAUAUAUAAAUUAAUCUAUGAAUCUGUUACAAUAUCAUUUGCUCAUCGACAUGGAUACAAAUAUCUUCAAUUACUUCCUACAAGAUAUGGAAGAUUUAGAAUUGUUCGACGAAUUUUUGGAAAUGAAAUGGUUGCAACAUAUACCAAAGCAUGCGGAGCGUUAUGUUAUGAGAAAAAUCAAAAAACGCUUUAAUCCUUUAAUCGAUCUUCCUGAAGAGGAAUUUCAAGCUAAAUACCAUUUUACAAAGGACAAUAUGCGUAGAAUAAUUGAGAUGAUACGAGACGACUUAGAAAUUGAUAAUUAUUCUGAAACGCGAUCUAAUCAAGUGCCGGUGGAGUUGCAAAUUAUGGCAGCCAUACGUUAUUGGAGCUUGAGUGAGCAUCCGGAAAUUACUGCACUUGCGCAUGGUGUCAGUAAACGUAUACUUAAUAAAAUUAGUAGACGUGUUGCGAUUGCUUUAGCCUCAAAGGCUUCUCGGUACAUACGUAUGCCCGCCACACUUGCAGAAAAAGAAUUAAUCACAAGUGCUUUUCAUGAGCUGGCACAAAUGCCUCAAGUUAUUGGAGCUGUGACGCAUAGUAGUCUACGUUUUCAACGCAAUGAAGCUUAUGAAACAACACAUAACAAUAGUGAUCCAUCUGAAGGCCUUAUACAUAUCCAAAUUGUUUCCGAUACUUCCUUUAAAAUACGUGAUCUUGACUGCAAAAUGAUUGAUAGCAAUUACACGAAUAAUACUAAUGAGUUUUUCUCACAAACAAGAAUCAAAGAACGUUUCGAGCAAAAUGAAUUUCGUGGUCGUAUUCUAUUGGGAGAUAAUCGUUUGAUGUGCACUUCAUGCUUAUUCACACCUGUAGAAUUUCCAACCGUUCCAGAAGAACAAAGCUUUAAUCGUGCUCAUGCCAUUACCUAUGCUGUAGCCACUAAUUGCCUUAGCUUGUGGAAACGACGUUUCGGUGUGCUCGGCAGUGAAAUAUGCUCUUCCUACAAUACUGCUAAACAUUUAAUAAUAGCUUUAGCGCUUUUACAUAACAUGGCAAUUGAUUGGAACGACAAUAGUUUUGAACACAUGUUCAAUGGUUACUGUAAUGGCGAUUAUUCGGUUAGUAGCUCUCCGCUAAGUAUAACUUCUUCUAGAAGUGAAGACCUGCAAACGCGUCAGGAAUUUAUCAAAAAUAACUUUUAAAAUCAAAAUUUUAUACAAUUAUUUUUUUUAUUAUUAUCCCUAAAAAUAUCUAGAAAAUUAGUUGAUAAAGUAUUAAGAAACAUAUUAUGUUAUAUAUACAUAUAUAUAUAUAUAUAUGUAU